CGGUAAAUAGAGGUGGAUUGAAUUUUCCGUGAGCUUCUUUUACCACGUGGAUCUCAUUUUUUAAGGAUUUUUUAUUGUAUUUAUCACCAAAAGAGUGCUCAACUCUAUCAAAUUGAACAGAAGAAUUUACCACCAAACGGAGAAAAUUGAAAUUGUGCGUGAAAAUGAAUUCGCAUUGUGAGAAAAGUGAAGUUGAUUUGCGCGACGGCGUAUCAUGUCGGGAGUUAUUUGCCAAUAAAGAGGGAUUAACUUACAAUGACUUCCUCAUUCUUCCGGGAUACAUUGACUACACGUCGAAUGUUGUGGACAUCUCCUCGCCACUCACAAAGGGGAUCACCCUCAAGACACCCCUUGUGUCAUCACCAAUGGAUACAGUCACUGAAGCUGAUAUGGCCAUCUCCAUGGCGCUUUUCGGUGGAAUUGGCAUCAUUCACCACAACUGUAGUCCGGAAUAUCAGGCGAAUGAGGUGAAUAAGGUGAAGAAGUACAAGAGCGGUUUCAUUCGUGAUCCCGUUGUUAUGGGACCAAAGCAGCGUGUGUCUGAUGUUCAGGAUGUGAAGCGUAAGCAUGGCUUCACGGGGAUCCCCAUAACGGACACAGGCAUUGGUGGUCGCCUCUUGGGUAUUGUGACAUCCCGUGACAUUGACUUCCGUGAGGAUGAGAGUGAUUUGCUGCUGGAGCAGGUGAUGACUGGCAUGGAGGACAUGGUGACAGCUCGGAGUGGGGUAACCCUCGAGGAGGCCAAUAACAUUCUCAAGACAAGCAAGAAGGGAAAGUUGCCAAUUGUGAAUGGCAGCGGGGAAUUGGUGGCCCUCAUUGCGCGUACGGACUUCAAGAAGAGUCGUAACUAUCCGAAUGCAUCAAAGGAUAGCAAUAAGCAGCUUCUCGUGGGAGCUGCCAUUGGGACACGUGAGGAUGACAAAGAGCGCCUGGCGUUGCUUGUGCAGAGUGGAGUGGAUGUUGUGGUGCUGGAUUCAUCGCAGGGUAACUCCAUCUUUCAGAUUGAGAUGAUUAAGUACAUCAAGCAGACCCACCCGACGCUGCAGGUAAUUGCGGGGAAUGUUGUGACGCGGGCACAGGCAAAGAACCUCAUUGACGCCGGUGCAGAUGCACUCCGUGUUGGCAUGGGUAGUGGCAGUAUUUGCAUUACGCAGGAAAUUAUGGCAUGUGGAAGUCCUCAGGCCACAGCUGUGUACCAAGUCAGCGCCUAUGCACGCAAUUUUGGUGUCCCUGUCAUUGCGGACGGUGGCAUCAAGGAUGUGGGACACAUUGUGAAAGCACUGAGCCUCGGUGCGUCCAGUGUGAUGAUGGGGGCUGUAUUGGCGGGAACUUCAGAAGCUCCCGGUGAGUAUUUCUUCUCAGACGGUGUUCGAUUGAAGAAGUAUCGCGGCAUGGGGAGUCUCGAAGCAAUGGAGCGUGGUGAUGCAAAGGGAUCAGCCAUGAGUCGCUACUACCACAGUCAAAUGGAUAAACUUCGCGUGGCGCAGGGUGUGAGUGGGAGUAUCGUGGACAAGGGCAGUGUGCUCAGUGUACUGGACUACUUACACAGUGGCCUACAGAAGAGUUGCCAGGUGAUUGGAGCUAAAUCCGUGACUGCUCUACGUGAGAUGAACUAUUCGGAGGAGUUGCGUUUCACGCGACGCACGACGAGUGCACAGAUGGAGGGCAAUGUGCAUGGGUUGUUUAGCUACGAGAAACGUCUCUUCUAACAGCUACCGCAGGUGCAGCCACACCAUCGGCAUGCGUGUGGGUGAGCAGAGGAGGCGCCACAUGGGCUGCCUGCAAUUCCGGGGAUCAUUUUUUGAUCAUUGAUUGGUUCGAUUUUUUUUAUCAAAAGUUGUGUGAAGGAUUAUAGUGAAAAUAUUUUUCUUCUGUGUUUAGAGCGAGAGAAAGAAACUUCCAGCUGGAAGGUGCAUAAAUGUCUAUUUUUAUUGAAAAGAAAUAAUUAAAAAUUAAAUGUUACCCCGCCCCCUCCCCCCCCAUCAAAAUUAUACAUAUACACAAAAACAUACAAAGUUAUAUAUUAGAAUGUGUCAAUAAAUGGUAUUUUAGAGGA